AUGUUGUGCGCGUGCUCGUCUCCUAUUGUUUUCGUGUUUUCAUUCAUCUCCGCACGCAGCGCGAACAAAAGGGCGUCAGGGUCGCGCUCUGAUUGGCUCCCGGCCACCCGACACUGCCGCGAGCUCCGCCACAGCAGAUGGACCUCUCGUGCGCACCACCUCCUCCUUGAUGCACGCGCCCCAGUGAUUGUUUCCAACGGCAGGAGAGCUAGCGAGUUGAACAAGGAGUUCAUCGUCAACGGAUAUUUCACCUUUAACGGGAAAGAAGAGGAAAGACGGGAGGAGGAGGUGGAAAAGGAGAACCGGAAAGCCUGCGUCCACCGGCUUUGCUCCCUCUUUCUGGUGAUCCAACAAGACCACACAGUCUUCACUACGCUCCUCUCAUGCUUACUGAGAAUGGAUGAUACAGAGUACGGGGUUCAGAUUGGAGAGAACAAGUUCAUCAGGAAGGCAACCGUCCUCUCACAUCUGAAGACGUACAACCUCUACUAUGAAGGACAGAAUCUGCAGCUCAGACACAGAGAGGAAGAAGGGGAGCUGAUUGUCGAGGGCUUGCUAAAUAUCUUCUGGGGUCUGCGGCGACCAAUCAGGCUUCAGAUGCAGGAUGACCACGAGCGGAUCCGACCGCCCCCAUCUUCUACGUCCUGGCACUCGGGUUGUAAUCUGGACAGUCAAGGUUCACCCAACAGCACAGAUGGUCAACAAACGACACAGCAGAGCCCACCCACAGUGGAAGUGACAGAACCUGACAGCCAACCGGAGGACGACGGUGUGAUGGAAGAACAGGCAGAAGAAGACAGUGAGAGCUCGGCUCAGCUCCUCAGAACGAAGAGCGAUGCAGGCGUCUUGAGACGGGGCCAGCGACGGUCACCAAGUGACCAGAGGAAAAUUCGACGCCAUCGCUUCUCUAUUAAUGGACACUUCUACAACCAUAAGACAUCAGUGUUUACUCCUGCUUUCGGCUCAAUGACUAAUGUUCGGAUCAACAGCUGCAUGAGGACACCUCAGGUGCUUCGAGUUCUCCUCAACAAGUUUAAAAUUGAAAACAGCCCAGAUGAUUUCGCCCUCUACCUUGUUCAUGCAAGUGGAGAGCGUGUGAAACUGAAGCGAAGUGACUAUCCUCUGGUGCUGAGAGUGAUUCAGGGUCCCUGUGAGCAGGUCUGCAAGGUUUUCCUCAUGGAAGAAGACCUUGGAGAAGAAGUCACAUAUGAUGUGGCACAGUAUAUCAAGUUUGAAAUGCCUGUCCUGCGGAGUUUCAUCACCAAACUGAAGGAGGAGGAGGACAGAGAGGUGCAGAAACUCAGAAGAAGGUAUACGUACCUGCGGUGUAUAAUUGAAAAGCAGCUCAGUUGUCUUCCAGAGGGGCCGGCGUGUAUGUGAACUGUUUCUUAAAACGGUCAGAGGUACCACACCCUCCACCCAGCUGUGACUGAGAGAGGGACCGCUGCACCCCAAUGUAUGUGUUUCAGCGAUUAUCCUGCUCCUCCUGAACUCUUGGCUCAUCCAAUCAACCAAUUUACACACAAAACUUCAACAUGUACAUGUUAAGUGAGACCAUCUCAGCAGUAGUCUUCAGACCCAAUCCCCUUUUCUCUUUGUCAUUCCAUACAGUACACUCAGAAAGACAUUCCUUUACUCCUGAGUAAUUUUAACCUUUUUGCAGAAUGAGCCUAAAAUGAGACAUCCUGUCUUCUGUCUCAAUCAUUCAGAUUACAAGCUGACCCCUGAAAUGAAUUUAAAGCACAAACAUCAUGUAAUAUGGUCUUAACCAAGUGCCUGUUAGGUUUCUCCAAGCACAAACGAUCAAACUUUAAACAUAUUUUUCACCUGUUUUUUUGUUUUUUUAACUGAGAAGUACAAGAGAACAACAUUAGACCACACCGUUUCUGUUAAUGUGAAACCCAGACCACGAAGGAAAACAGUUGUGCCCUCAAAAGCUACGUGCCUUUCAUGGUCCUUGCUGUUGUUAAAUAUUUUAAUUGAAAUAAUUUAAUGGACCCUCUCCAUUGUAUCUCACCUUAGAAAUUCACUGCAGGGAUUAUUAAAGAUUGUGUGAACAGAUAAUCUGUUCAUGUGGUGACCAGUCUGUUGGUGGUCUGAUGGAAACAACUGUUUUUCUGAAGGCAUUCACAUUGAAUGUUAAGGACACUUUAUGAUUGGAGUUAAAGGAAUAGUUUGACAUUUUGGGAAACAUUUUCUUGCAGAAAGUUAGAUGUUUGUAUAGCAGCUGCUGGUAAGAUUAGCAAAGCACAAAGACUGGGAACAACCUGCUUGGCCGUGUUCGAAGGUCCACCUAUCAGUGUCUCUAAAUUUUACUAAUUAACAAAUAGUAUCUCAUAUGUCAUCUCAAGUGGAAACAUUACAGAUUGUGGAUUUACCAGGGAUUAUUAUUAUUUUUGAACAGACUAAACAAACUAACAAAGUGUUUUAACAUUAACAUGCAUUCCCCCAGCUUGCCUAUGGUCCCCCAGUGGCUAGAAAUGCUGAUAGGUGUAAACCGAGCCCUGGGGAUCCUGCUCUGCCUUUGAGAAAAUAAAAGCUCAGAUGGCCAAUCUGGAAUCUUGCUCCUUAUGAGCUCAUGAGGGGCAAGGUUACCUCUCAUUUCUCUGCUUUGCCUGCCUAUGAGAGAGAGAGACAUCAUGUCUUUCAAACGAGCAAAGUGGCAGUUGGUCAAGGCCAUAAGUCAAAAUGUCUGUUGUGAAAAAGGUCUAUUAGAGAGCUUUAGAAAUGUUGGUAGGCAGAUUUUCUAAAUUUGGACAAAGGCUAGUGGUUUCCUAAUAUUUCCAGUCUAUGUGCUAUGCUACUUGCUACCUGGUUGCUGUAGCAUAUUAACCAUGCAGACAUAAGAGUGGUACAAAUAUUCACAUCAAACUUUCGGUAAGAAAUCAAAUAAGCCUAUUUCUAUUCCUUAAA